AGGCCGAACAAAAGCGAAUCUUUGUUUUUUUAAUGCGAUUUUAAGCAGAAAAAUAUUCCAAAAUGACAACCUUGCAAACAGAAACAGCAUCUGGAUCUGCUGCAUCUGCAUUUUCCAGCUCGGACACAGCCGCACUGGAGCGCGAGACAGAGCUGCAGGCCGAGGAGCAAGUCACAUUCGAACAAAUCUGGAAUGAAACGCACAGAAAAGUGAGCAGCGGAUGGAUACGACAGAAUGGGUUCAAAAGGAUCUGCCUGCAAUUCCCGGAUGACUAUUUGCCGCACAGCAAUGCCAUCAGCGUUAGCCUGAAGGAACUGCUGACUCCCGAGGACGUCAAGGUGUUCAUUAUGGCGGACACCACAUACGGCAGCUGUUGCGUGGACGAGAUAGCAGCAGCCCACGUGGAGGCAGACAGUGUUAUCCACUUUGGCAACGCCUGCCAGAGCAAGGCCAGCCGCUUGCCUGUGCUCUACAUGUACCCGCAGCUGCCGUUGGAUGUGCCAAGGAUGAUGGAGACGCUGACCGCCUCGCUACAGGCCGAGUGCAAGGAGCGUGUGGUGUGUGUUUAUCUGGACAUUGGCUAUCACCAUUUGCGCGAUCAGCUGGGCGAGGAGAGUAGUCUCUACAAACAGCUCACGGAGGCACUGCAGCCGAAAGAACUCGUUCUGGAGGUGUACCCGCUGGCCGAGGAGGAAGCGGAUGCCUCCAAGCAGCAUCCAAAGUCGGCCAGCGAGCGCAUCUGCUUAUUCGUGGGCAACGAUAACCAACGCUUUGCGAAUCUCUCUCUGACCGCGCCGGCGCUCCAGUGGCACAUCUUCGACGGAGCCAGCGGCACGCUCAGCGCAAAGAAUCCCCUGACCGCGCAGUACAUACGCAGGCGCUACUUCUACAUUGAGAAGUGCAAGGAUGCGCAGACCCUGGGCCUGAUUGUGGCCACCCUGACGGCUGAGGGGUACCUCGAUGUGGUCGCACGCCUCCAGGCCAUGGCCAAAGGGCGGGGCAUCAAGACGCAACUGAUAUCCGUGGGUCGCAUCAAUCCGGCAAAGCUGGCCAACUUCCUGGAGAUCGAUUGCUUCGUGCUGAUCGGCUGCCCCUUCAACAACAUGUACAACUCCAAGGACUACUACAAGCCGAUUGUGUCCGUCUUUGAGGCCGAAAUGGCGCUGAAUCCCGCCUGGCACAUGAAGUACCCCGAGGCGUAUGUGACGGAUUUCAAGGAGCUGCUGCCCGCGGGACGCAGCUUCCUGGCCUACGAUGAGCAGGCGGUGCCCGAGCAUGAUGUGAGUUUGGUCAGCGGUCGCAUGCGGGGCGCAGCCAACGCGUCGCUCGAGACAGCGGACGACCCGGCCUCGUUGGCUGUGGCGACACAAGCCAAAAUGGCGCUGAUGACCACCAACACGGGGCUCACGUUCGAGGAUCGUACCUGGCAGGGCCUGGAUCCGGCACUGGGACAGACGGAGCCAGCAGAGCUGCAGCCCGGCCUCAGUGGCAUUCCAAUCAAAUAUUCCCAUCAAUAAAUGAAGCUUCAAAUGGAUCGUAA